UACAAGAGACUUGUCAAACGGAAGUUAAAUUUUUUGGUAGAUUAUUUUACAGACAUCACAUAGGAUAUGGAUCGAACUGGAUAAAUGUAAAAACAAGUUGCGCGCGCGCGCACACACAACGCACACAUAUAGAACACGAAAAACCGCUUAUUUUAGCAUAAAAUAAAAGAAAAAAGAGAAAUCACUUGAAUCACUUGAACCUUGGUGAGCUAUUAAUCAGCAAUGUAUUGUUUAUUUAUUUAUUUAUUUUUUGACUCCGUCAAGUUUUGAUGGUAUUGGAUUUUUUAACCAAUCCUUCAAGAACUUCUCCAUUUCUUCUGAUGCUGGCAAACCAAUCAUCUUCUUCAUCUCCCACGCUGCCCACCCAAAUCCCUUCUUCGGGAGCUCGCCGGCAGUGGUAUUAACCUCUUGAUAGGCUUACAAUUGAAUUUCCCAUGCACUUGUUUGGUAAAUUUGGCUGCAUCGAUCCUUUGCCUCACGCCUACUGCUAUGAAGUAGCGAUAUCUCUGCAUAGGCAUUAAGACAUCGGCCGCGGGUUAUGGAUGCCCAAAGAUGAGCCAUGAUCUUAUCGGUGUCGAUUUCAGCGUUGGCUUUUGCUUCGAGUUGUGCAGCUUUUUCCUUGGAAAAAUGAAACACCCUUUGUUGUAAUGGUACUGGUGGAACAAACUUAUUUGGGAGUUUUUUCGUGGAAGCAAGAAUAAACAAUAUCGUCAGGAACGUUGAUGCCGUUGAGAUUAUCAGCCACCGUGAUCAAUCAAAAGCUGCAUGGAUAAACUGUGCUCCUUCACCAUUACAGUGAAGAGAAAAGAAGGUGUUGUCGUCGUCGUCUUUUUUUACCAUGGCAAGCCGACAGGCAAGAGGGUAAAAUUUAUCCAACGUGCGGGAGUGUGGCUUUGAGGUGCUCUAUCAAACCAUUACUGGUUGGUUCUUCUCAGACAGGUGUUUAGGUCUGGGGAAGAGAAGACCCUUUUGGAUAUAAUCAACUAGGAGGACCUGAAAAUCCCAUGUCGUUAACUCAAUUCUUUGAGUAAAGUUGUUUUGAUGAUAAUUUGAGUGUUGGAUGGUGCUGGCUGAGAUGAAACGGAACUGUUGCUGUCAAAGAAUAGUUAUCACUCAUCCCUUUCCUAUAGUUUCAUUUUAUCUUCUAUUCUUUUUUGGCUGAAAGAUGAGUUUUAUAAACCAAAAAGACCAAGCCAAUACAAAAAAGGGCAGUCACAGAUUAAUCAGGAAUCUUCUAUUCUUGUGAUAAUAUUUAGCUAUGCCGUGCAAUAUCCUUUUAAAUACAUUUUUAUUCUUCACGUAGGAAGCUUGCCGUAAAUUUAAAAAUUUUGAAAUCGAGCUUGAAAAUGCAGCAAGAGUUCAGUUUAGGAGAUUUCGCACUAAUCUUCUACAGGAGAAUAAUGUGCAAGGCUUGUAGCAAAGACGAUGCGAAGACAGAACUAGAAAAACAACCAAACAGCCACACAUACGCUUUUGGGCGGCCAGUCGUCAACGAAAUCGGAAUAUGACACAUAUCCGAUUCAUCUCCACCACUACCUUCGUACCCACAAACGGGCCCGCUGAUGAAAACGAGUCAUCUCGGAGUCGUCAGAGAAUCGAGUUGACUCCAUGGGAUCUGCAACUUCUCCUUCUGGACCCAAUACAAAAGGGUCUUCUCUUUCACAAACCCAACUCUCUCUGCAGCGACAGGCAGUUUACAACCAACACUUCGACUUUGAUCGACCACCUUAAAGCCACCUUUUCUGCUGCCUUGGAUAUAUUCCACCCUCUAGCAGGCCGUCUUGCUCCGGUCCAAAACGACGCCGAUCAGAGUCAGAACUCCUCGUUUUUCCUUGACUGUAACGGUGAAGGAGCAGAGUUUAUCCAUGCCGUAGUUGAUGGUGUCACGGUGGCUGAUAUUCUCGAACCCAUUUAUACUCCAGACGACAUCGUUUACUCUUUCUUUCCCAUGAAUGGAACAGUGAACUACGAUGGGAUUUCCAAACCUCUGCUUGCAGUUCAAGUGACAGAGCUAGUCGAUGGUAUUUUCAUCGGUUGCACAAUCAACCACACCGCUGCAGAUGGUUCAUCCUUCUGGCAUUUCUUCAACACUUGGUCCCAGAUCUCUCGCCGCGGCGGCAUUGACGGCGGCAAUCUAAUUUCACGAACUCCUCCUCCAGUUUUCGACCGUCGGUGUCUCGAUGGAAUCAUUGAAUUCCCAAUCCGAAUCCCUUCUUCUCAACUUGAAAACAGGAAGAGGUAUACUCCUCCACCAUUAAAACAGAGAAUGUUCCGUUUCUCGAAAGAGACAAUUGCAGAGCUCAAAGCAAAAGCCAACUCAGAGAUGAAAACGGAUAAGAUCUCGUCUCUUCAAGCACUUUUGGCUCAUCUCUGGGUAUCGGUAACCCGAAACCGAAAUCUUAACUCAGUUGAAGAGGUUACUUAUACGAUUAUUGUGGGCACGAGACGAAGAGUGGAGCCGAAAUUGGCAGAUGAGUAUAUGGGAAAUUCGGUACUGUUCGGGAAUGUAAAGAGCACAGCAGGGGAGCUAAUAAAGAAUGGAAUAGGAUGGGCUGCAUGGAAAAUGAACAGGGUGAUUGCUUUUCAGACAUCGGAGGAAGUGAGGAAGUUCUUGAAGAAUUGGGAAAAAAGCCCAAAAGUACCCAAACUUAGCGAAAUGGUAGAUCCCGCAAGAUUGGUUACGGGAAGCUCACCGCAGUUCAACGUGUUCGGUAAUGACUUUGGUUGGGGAAAACCCAUUGCUGUGCGAAGUGGUCCCGGAAACAAGUCUGAUGGGAAGCUGACUGUGUUUCCCGGAGCUGAGGAAGGCAGUAUCGAUUUUGAAGCUUGCCUUUCGCCGCAGACAUUACAGGCUUUGGCCGGAGAUACAGAGUUCGUGAAAACUCUGGCCUCGUGAACCUUUUUUUUAAGAUGUUUUCUAGUUUACCGAAUCAUAUUAUCGAGGUUUGUAAUUAACUUGGGGCAUCGAAGUGAUUGGUUCUUGAAGAAUUUCGGCCAGGUAGGCUUUAGUUUGUAUUACAUCUCUAGCUAAUUUAAAUUGGUUAUAAUUGCU